UGGCCCGUGGUCAACGUAGUCGCGUUUGCCACCAGUCCCAUUAGCAUCAGGAUAUCCUGGGACCCUUCGAGUCAUUCGGAACGUACCCCGGGGUUGGUGCGGGGACACCGGAUCUUCUUCACCAAAGCUGAAGAUAUUAUCAGCCAAACUGUAUAUGAAACUAAGUACGGUGACAAUAUAACGAACUAUGUCGUAAGGGAGAUGGCGUCGAGGAAUGAGACGGUUUUCGAUGCAAGAUUGACUACUUAUGACAUUAAGGGUUUACAGCCGUACACCAAUUACUGUCUGUGGAUUACAGUGUUCACUGUGGCUGAUAGUCCUAACAGCCGUGCUGUGUGCUUGUUGACAGAUGAAGACCUUCCUGUUGAAAGUCCAGUGAUUCACAAUAUGGUUUCACUCGAGCCCACCUCCUGUUCAUUUCACUGGACUCCAAUCCCCAUCUACCAACGUAAAGGAAUGCUACUGGGGUAUAGGAUUGAGUACACGUCUUUGAAUCACUCCACGAAUCCUUCAAAUGUUACAACAAGCUCCAAUAAAACAAACUUUGUUCUCAGUGGUCUAAAACCUUACACCAACUACUCGAUUAAAUUAGCCGAACUUACUUCAAAAGGCACUGGAAAUUACAGCAGCCCAGUCGAAUGUUUUACCAUGGGGGAUAAGCCAUCAGCUAGCCCCACGGGUCUCUCAGUUGAAUCUGCCACGCCGACCAGCUGCGAAGUGGCCUGGAAUGGUAUACCUAGACAGUUUGUCAACGGUGAACUGUUCAGUUAUGAAGUUUACGUGGUAAAAAAUGACUCCGCUGACCAAUCAUCGGCUGACGAACUCUCCAUUGUAGCGCUUGUGUGCCACAGUUCUCCCAGAGUGAAGAUCAACUCGCUACAUUCAUUUACCUCAUACAAUAUUAAAGUGGCUGUGCACAAUAACAUUGGCAGGGGAAAUUUUAGUGAAGCGGUUGAAUGUCUCACGAACGAAACAGCACCCACUUUGCCUCCACAAAACAUCAAAGGAUACAGCACAAGUGCGCAUAGCAUCAUGAUCUCAUGGGAUCCAGUCCCCGAGUCAGGAAGAAACGGUAUCGUUAGAGAGUACCGCAUAGAAUACUCGACGGAGGAUAGUAACAUCUUAUCAAUUUAUGUGCAAGCGAGAAUUGAAGUUAUGUGUAAAGAGCUACUCGAAUUGCAGCCUUUCUCGAAUUACACCAUAAAGAUGGCCGCCAAAACUGUUACCUAUGGUAACUACAGCGAGCCUAUCUUUGUCACCUCUGGAGAACUCGCUCCUACCACGUCACCGGAAAUCACCGAAUAUUACAACACCAGCGCCCGCAGUAUCUUUGUCAAGUGGAGUCCCCUACCAGGGCCACUAUACGGAGUCUUGCGUGGUUAUCGAAUCAUCUAUAAGAAUCUGAACGACUCACAAAGUGAAGAUCAAAAUAUAACUGUUGAUGCAGAUACAUUGUCCUCUGAAAUAAGAGAGCUUGAGAUCGACUCAAAGUAUAAAAUCCGAGUGUUAGCAUUCACAGUGGCUGACGGUAACGCAAGCGUACCAGUUGUGGUUUCCACGGACAGCAAAAUUCUCCCGCCGCCGGAUCGGGUUCCUGAAAAUUUAGGCCUGAGCAACAAAACUUCUACAAGCUGUGUUCUGUCUUGGGAUGGCGUUACAAACACGCACACAGACCCCGACGGAGCUGUAACAGGUUACUAUAUAUAUUAUAGAAAAGCUGGUUCCAAUGACACUUUUGAUGAGGUAGAUGUUACAGAAGCAAACAAGACGGUCUUUACUGUGGGAAACCUUGAAAAAUACGCCGAGUACGAGUUUCGCAUUGUUGCCUAUAACAUCUAUGGCAAAGGAAAUGCAAGUGAUACCUUUCAUUGCAAGACAGCGGAGGAUGCUCCGAGUUCCCCUCCUCGCAAUCUCAGGUCUGCUUAUGUCAAACCGCGGGAAGCAACGAUAGAGUGGGAUAUUCCAGCGGAGGAAGACUGGAAUGGGGUUAUACGGGGAUUUACCAUCAUGUAUUACAGAAAGGAUAAAGGGAAUUCCACGGCCGAGUAUAGGCGUAUACCACUUAGCGAGUUAAACGUACAGCUAACCGGAUCAGGAUCUGUGAGAAGAAAACGAGCCACAGACUUCUCAUGGACCUUGUCUGACCUUGAUGAAUACACCCUUUAUAGCAUCCGCAUUCUGAUGUACACCACUGGUGACAGCGAGUACAGUAUCCCUUUAGAGAUACGAACAGCAGAAGCAGCCCCGUCCUCUCCCCCCACGGGAGUCUCCGCCGUCAACAACGAAAGCUCCACGAGUUUACUAGUCACGUGGUCUCAAGUCCCGUAUGAGGACCGUAAUGGCGUUAUAAGAGGUUUUGUAAUCGCCUAUUGGUUAGUUGAUGAUCCAAGUAAUGUUCAGUACGUUAAUAUGUCCAGUAGUGCCUCAGGUGCUAGUGCUGACAAAAGAAGGAGAAAGAGGGCCUCACAUGAUUCCUUUGAGCAUACCUUGACAGGACUCAGAAUUUGGACCCGUUACCAUGUUAAAAUUGCCGCGUUUACAAUCAGCCGGGGACCAUUCAGUGAGCCUUACAUGGCUCGGACGGACGAAGGAGUCCCUUGUCUGCCACCACAAGACGUCACAUUCGAUGUCCCGGGUCUGACUUCACUCCUAACAAAGUGGAAACCAGUCCCUGAGCACUGCCACAAUGGAAUAAUUCUCGGAUACAGAGUCAAGUAUCGGCGGCUGGAUGGGGUCGAAGGGGAGAGGGUUGCAAACACAACCGCUGACAUACUAUACGCGUUUCUUUUUGAUCUGGAUACUUUUGCCAAUUACACCAUUGGGAUCGUUGCAUUUACAAGGAAGGGUGAGGGGAAUACUACUUUGGAUCUGGCAUUACCGGACAACCUGGGAACUAAAAGUACGCCACUGAACUUAACAGCGUACAACUACACCACAACUACCUCUGUUAAUGUCACGUGGGGACCAAUUGACGACGAGUUGAUACUGGGGAGAUUACUUGGUUACCGCGUGUUCUACAGGGCCGUGAGGAUUGGAGACCAGGAAGUUGAGGAGGGGGAAGAGCCAACUUACAACAUAACUGUUCGAAAAGAUACUUUUGAAAUUGUUCUUGAAGGAUUGGAUCCAUAUACUCGUUACCAGAUCAAAGUGUCCGGAUUUAGCCGCAUGGGGGAUGGACCGAGUGCGAUCACCGCAGGAGAUACUUGUCGCUGUCACAAGCGCCUGACCACCAAUUAUCGCCUCUUCCCACCAUACGUGAACCAAUUCCCAUUAACUCAUACUGGAAACAUUAGUGUUGAGAACAUGACAGGGAUGCUCCCUCAAAUCCUCAAUGACCUUAUAGUCACGUGCUGUCAGACAUGCGCAUCUCACGGAGAAUCGUUUGUGGACUUCAUGUACAACGGCACCAAUGGUGAAGCUAAGCAGGAAAGCGAAAGAAACAUGAAGCUUUUGAUUGAAGAUCGCAACGACCUCAGUUUUCCCGUAUAUGGUUGGAAGUGGCAAGAAAAUUACGGCUCAGAUUACCGCUACAUUCCUCUGUUGGAAUCUCCGGGCGUGGCCUUUAUAAUAAUCGAACCCGACGAUCGAAGUCCGGCGCAAAGAUUACUGGGUGAAGUAUUUGCAACUUGGCCCUAUUGUGUCAUAUCAUCGCUUCUUGCUGCUAUAGCUGGGAUUAUUAUAUGGUUUCUGGACACAAAGUACAACCCAGAAGAGUUUCCUCGCUCAUUUUGGCGUGGAUCGGGGAACGGGUUUUGGUGGGCCUUUAUUUCCAUGACAACAUUGGGAUAUGGUGACAAAGUUCCGUCAGCUUACUGGUCCAAGGUGUUCGCAAUUGUUUGGAUCCUAAUUGGACUCGUCUUGAUGAGCAUACUGAGCAGUGCUCUGACCUCUGCCGUUUCACUCUUCGUAGUUCAAAACAACCUUGUUCUGUACGGAACUAAGGUGGCAGUAAUUCAUGACACUCCAGAAUAUCGAUUAGCUGUGGCCAGAAAUGCCAUUGUGGAUAACGAACAUCCCUAUGAAACAUUUUCCGAAGUGUACGAGGCGCUAAUCAAAAAAGAAGUUCAGGGAAUGUUGAUCGACUCUUACGAAGCUGGAACUAAAAGAGAUCAAUUCAAAGACCCUCGGAUUCGUAUCCACACCAUAUUUGACUACGAGUCUACUUACGGAGUGGUUUUGGCUGGUAACUCGACCAGGUUACUGCAGUGCUCCAAAAGCUACAUGCAGAGUCACAAGGCCGAGAUGUUUGAGCACAUUGGGAAGUUUAUCCACGCCAUAAAGGAAGAUCGCGUCUCUGAAAGUGUGGAAACUGCGUCAGGUUUGUUUGAUCCGAAGAACACCAUGUUCAGGUAUCUUACGUACACUGCGGCUGGAGUCGUGUCGCUGGCAAUUCUACUGGGACUUAUAUUGGAAUUCAUACAAUGGUUUUCUGGGCGAAAGAAAGAACACCUCGGUGACCCAGAUGGAGAAAACACCAAACAUCUCCAAGAAAUGAGGACUUUUGUGGAAGAAUUUUAUUGUAACUUCAAGACAAAUUAUUCACAAAUGGCAAAGAGACAUCGUUCUCAGCUUAAGAGGCUCAAGACUUGUCCGCCAGACAUCAACGAGCGUUCUUCAAAGGCGAGUCGACCGUGGUCUAAAAUUAUCAUACCAGGUUUCUUUGUUAGCAAUUACGAUGGAGAGACGAAGUCUGCCGCUGAGAAUUUCUACGAGGAUCCUGAUGCCCUUUUGUACUAAGAAAAGAGAGGAUCAAGCAUUUAAUUAAGAGAUUGAGUCCGCCAGACUAAUCUCAUUCUUAGCCGGAGCAUUUCCUCCGUGAACAGAGACUUAGCGAAGUGCUGGAGAGAUUUUUUGCCCAUAAGUUCGAAGUUACAUUUGCCUCUGCACGAAAUUUUAGUCCGACAAUUCGCCCAAAACAGUAGGCUUCUUCAAAAUUGGAUGAAUUUUCAUCGGAUUCUCGCGAUAAACUAAUUUUUAUCAUUUUUCGACGAAAAGCCCGAGAUGCACGAAUCUCGCUAGAUUUCGCUAUCUUCAUUUUGCUCGAUUUGGAGAUAAUUUCAGAUCGUUUUAGUUUUUGGAGACCCAAAAAGGAUGAAAAGCCAUCAAUUUUGGUCAAUCAAUCAACUGUGCAUGAGAUAUUAUCAGCUGCUAUUAGUCUUUGUUAUUUAUUGAUGUCCCAUUGGCUCUCUGCCAAAACAUUUACCACUAUACAUUUCUUUUAGCAAGGUAAUCAGACAAAUUCAAUAAGGCAAUUCGCUGUGAUAAUUCAUCUGUAUGAAAAGAUUAAUAAAGGUUACUUUUGUCCCA